CACAGGUAUGACCUCGUUGCCUUCCGAUAUAUAGCUGAGGAUAUCCUGACUCCAGUCUCUCUGGGUUUUUUUUUUUUUUGCUUUGUCAGAGGGAUAAGACCUCUGCGGAAUCGCUGGUGAAAACGUUCCACUCUGUUAUACCAAGACUGGUCUGAAAGUUUCUGUUGAGCACAUCAUUUGAGAAAAACAUCUGAAAAUGAAGCUGGAAGUAUUCUGCGGGGGACACUACGACGGGAAGGCUGCUGAAGUGUGCAGCGAUGCUGAGGGAAGUGUUCCUUCACCCUUAUCGGGAGAGGAGGAGCUGGGCUCGGAUGGGGACUGUGUGGCUCAUAGUCCGACACCUGCUAUGUCGUGCACUGAGGGGAAAGGCAAGCCCUACACCCGAAGACCCAAACCUCCAUAUUCUUACAUUGCCCUGAUUGCCAUGGCUAUCCGGGAGUCAAGCUCGGGUAGACUGACUCUGGCAGAGAUCAAUGACUACCUCAUGAAGAAGUUUCCGUUUUUUAGAGGUAGUUACACUGGCUGGAGGAAUUCGGUUCGCCACAAUCUGUCGCUGAAUGAUUGCUUUUUGAAAGUAUUGCGGGACCCAUCGAGGCCAUGGGGCAAGGACAAUUACUGGAUGUUGAACCCGCACAGCGAGUACACCUUCGCUGAUGGAGUGUUCCGACGCAGGAGAAAACGCAUCAACAAAAAAUCUGGUAAGGAGCAGGAGAGUUUGCAUCAAAGUGUCGGUGAGACACUAAAUUCCACCAUUCCGACAACCAGCUCAAACACCAAGUUCUCCAGUUCCUUUGCCAUAGACAGUAUCCUCAGUAACCCUUUCAGGAGAGAAGAACGUUGCCCGCAGGAAACAGAUGAGCAAUCAGUCGCUGCUGGGAUGAAAUGGUCUGGAAGAGUUCACAUGAUGCCUUACGUCAUGAGGAGUCCACCUGUUGCGCUACAACCGGCCCCCUCGUUCUUGGUCGACUCCAAUGCUGCGCAGGUGCUGCGGGCGUACAGCGGAGUAUAUGAGAACAUUGGUAUGAACGCGCACCACCAUAAAGACGUACCCUCUUCUCUCCACUUGACUACAGAGUAUUUACCAAUUUCCCAUCAGACAACCCGUGUUUUCCACGUACCGGCAACGUCAAAAGCGGAAUUGUAUCACCCUUUCAAAAUUGACUAUUUACUGUCUUAAGGCAGGAUGUACUCUGUACUGUUGGAGCGGAAUUUGUUACGAGGACCGUCAAUGCACUUAACAUAGCUGUGUACAUGAAAAGUAGUCUACAUUUCAUUCUUUUUUCAUUUUCUUCUGAUUCCACAGCAGUCUUGGGGACACAAGUUUCUUCGUUUGUUUUAAGGCCUGUGAAGUGGGCUAUAAUAUAACACUUUUAAUAUGUCAUAUUAUGAUAGUUCAUCUAUUGCUAACGUCAGACGAAUCAAAUGUUUACAUAUGGUAUGCUGUUUUCCAAAUUGUAAUGCUACUGUAUUUGCAUAUUGGAAUAGUCUACUUUACUCUGUGAUGUGUCUUCGCGAACCACAGGUCAAACUGCAACAUCCACAGAUCUCCGAAUAAUUUGUAAAGUUUCUUGUUCAUAAUCAUAAACAACAGUUGAUCUAUUUAGGAUACAACAUUAACCUACUGCUGAAAAAGGAGGUCUGUUGGUAAACGGUGUAGCCUAAUAUGUUGAAAAAUGGAAUCCAUUGGUUUCACUUUUUGUCACUCCUGUAAACUGGAAGAAAUAGCCUACUGUACAGAAUUGUAAAUGCAUUUUAUAUAAUAGUUGAACAUGCUUUUAAAAACGACAAAUGCUUUCAUAUAAUUAAAACUGAAUGAAAUUCAAAGCC